UCCUCCUUCCUGCGAGUCUCUGGGUGAGUUGUUCCGUGUGCCAGUUCACCUUUUGCCGGAGCAGAGACCUGUCUUCGCUCUAACCUUUUUUUUUUCUAUUUGGGGGCAAUGGCGUGAUUCGCACCCGCAGUGUUCUAAGCAGGACAAAACUCCAGAGGCAGUCGACGACCGACACCAUUGAUUAGGGAAAGAGUGUUUGACCGAAGUGUCCGAACAUGGUGGGAUCAAGACUAAAUGUCCACUUGUACCGUGAUUCUUUCAAUACUCCUUGGGGAUUUCGGCUUCAAGGUGGGAAGGAUCUAAAUCAACCACUUGUGGUACAAAGGGUAUUUUCCAACAGUCCAGCAGAAGGCGAGCUCCAGAGGGGUGACAUUAUACUAUCCAUCAACAGCCGAGACGCCUCCCAGCUUACCCACAAACAAGCACAGGACCUUAUUAAACACGGCGGAGGUCAGGUCCAGUUAGUUGUAAACAGGCCACCACCGGGCACCCAGAUAGCUCCACUGUCACCCCCCAUAGUAACACAGAGACCAAGGGCGCCAUCACUGCAGAGCCCCUCCACAGACGCCCCGCCUUCUCGUUCCCUAACCAUUGUUGUGGCCCAGCCCUCCCAGCAAGCCCAGAGGCGCCCAGUACCCGUCAUGCAGCCCCUGCAUGUCCAAGCGCCCGUGUCGCCGCAGUACCAAAGACAGCGCUCUUCACAGAGCCAACCCCCGACCACCCCGACUCCCGUGCCCCCAUGGGCGGCCCAGCAGUUCGAACCCAAAAAGGUCUCCAAGUUGUCGAAGCUUGGAGGAGGUGGCCAGAGCUUUGGUACAGAUUACUGCACCUUACCUCGCCGUACAUCAUCGGCCCACUACGGCGGCAGAUAUCCCACUCAGAGCCAGAGCAGUGACUUCCCUGAAAAUGUCGAGCCUGACCGCCUUGCCACGGGCCCACCCCCUAAAGUCUGCAGUCUUCGCAAACUUGGGGGAGGGGGGUUCGACUUUGGAACCACUUUCGGAUCCGCAACUCUUCCUAGACGAAACAAUGGACGUCGCUACUCGCAACCUCCCAGCAUGCCUGGUUCCUCCGGGUACCAGCCUAAAAAGGUCAACCUGAGCAAACUUGGCGGCGGUGGACCAGAGUUCGGAUCCGACUUUAGCCACAGGGGAUACGCUGAUGGCUACGGCCAGACGGCUGCCCAGAGAUAUGAGCCUAGCAGAGAUAGUGAGAAAUCAGUUAUGUUGAAUAGAGUUCACUCGAGCCUAGACACAAUCACACUGUCGCCAAGGACUCCAGAGGUGCAGCCCUCAUCUCCAUUCUACCAGCCUAGCUACCAGUCACAGCCGAGCUACCAGUCACAACCGAGCUACCAGGCGUCGCAGCCCAGCUACCAGCCGCAGCCGAGCUACCCAUCCCCGCAGCAGACGUACACACCAACGGGGCUCCUCCUGGAACAGCAGCGUCUCCAGGAGCAACAGCAAGAGGACGAGGGUGAGGCGAUAGUGCCAGUGUGGGAACGACGCCGACAGUUUCAAGGGGCAACCCAACAGCCGGGAGUGAGAACUCCACUCAACAAGCCGCCACCUAAAGUCCCUAAGCCACGCCCAGGACCUACAAGCUAUGGCGAUUUCGGAACCACCUACGGCCCAACCCCCAAGAAGACGACCUCCACCAACUGGCGCCCUGCACCCACAUUCAAGCCCACUCCGGCACCGGUCUCAGCCCAGCCUGCUACGUACACUCCCAUUUCUGUGCAGUACGCGCCCAAGCCGUCGCCACCAGCUCAGUCACAAGUACCAGGACAGAACCCAUCUUCUUGGAGAGCACCUGAAGGCGACAGUGGCCCAGCCUGGAAAAACACACUGAAAGCCACGGGCGUUAAGCCGUGGGAGCAGGAAACCGGCUACGCCCUUCAACAGGAGCCUGUCAGGUCUGUUGGCUAUCAUCCCACCCCAGCCCCCAACGCCGCGCCUUUCAGCCCCAUCCCCGUGGGAGAGCAAAACGGCUCUGAGAACGGACCAAAAGUUGUCCACCUUCAGUACAACUCCCCAAUGGGACUGUACUCCAACCAGAACGUGGCGGAGACCCUGCAAGGCCAGACCUUGGCUCUAGCGGGACAGACUCCUAAGCCCCCGCCACCUGCUACCAAUCAGUCAGGUGAGAGAGACUGGAGUCAGUCAGCUGUUCUGAAGUUUAUCACCCAGGAAGAAAGCAGGGGCAAGCCCAAAGCUCCGCCCGCUGUAUCUCCCAAACCUAAGCUUUACAGUCCAGGGCAAAGUCAAGCAGCGCCCCAGAACUACUACGAAGAAAUCGGCGCCUCAGACUUCUAGACGCCCGGGCAGACCCAUCACAGCGACCUUGACCUUUCACUACAUUGGCAGACUUGGUUUGCUACGCUAUGUCGUCUCCAGCAGUUUAAAAGCAGUCGAGACACGAAUCACAAGAAAAGCUUAACACCAACGAGAAUAGAGAAUAAUUGUUUGUAUUUGUUGUUGUUGUAAAACAUUAUCUUGUAGAUAGACUGGGUUUUAGAAUUCAAACAAACAACGCUUAAAUUUAAAGUUUUCGUAAAGAUGUUUUUCACCAAAAAAGAAGGUCUCUAGCCAGAAGAAGCCUCACCACGUGACCAUAACUAACUUGAACUGUCAUUGAACUAAUGAUCAUAUCAUGAAAGAUUUGUCACGAUUUCUAUCCCGUCAUCCCAUGAACUAACAUUUUGUUGAGUCAACUAACUAGAUCUAGAACAUUCUGGUAGUUACAAUUCUUUAACCUGAUGUAACGGAAAUGGUGUAACAACGAACUUAUUUAUGGCAGUGUUUCCAAUGUUUAUAGACAUUUAUGAUUUGAUCUAGACCAAACAGCCUUUGAAUUAAUUGAGAACAAAAUGUGCUUUUUAUAAUAGAUGAUCGAAUCCUGAAAUGACCACAGAUAUCUGACUUGAACAAAAAUCAAUACAUUGAUCAAAUGGUGCACCAUACAUAUUUUAACGCUAAAUUUUCAGAUGUACCUAUCAUUUAGGCAUUCAAAUAACCUAGCAUGGUCACUCUCUACUGGUCUACAUCGUGUACUGUACAUACCUUAUUUCUGUACUAACUGAGUAGAUCUAGUUCUCUAGUUCAUCACAGAAGCUAUUAACAAUUAUGUGUGCCUUAGAUCUUUUACAAUUACUAUUUAAUUUCUUUCUUUCUUUCUUGUUUCCACUCACUGGACUUGUAAUAAUUCGACUGUAUUAAGUUGUGUGUGUGUGUUCAGUUCUAGGCUGGUGAUAUGUGCAAUACUUUAGUUCUAUGAUCAUAUCAGAUGACAAUACUCGAGAUUAUUACAAUGUUUUAAUCUGUUUUAAUUUUUCUUAAAUUUUGAUAAUAACUCUGUGUGUCCCCGUGACACUGUUGUACAUCCACGUCUGUAAAGUAGCUAUUUAUAGUUUAAAUAAAUUUGGCUUGAAAGUCACAGAAGUGUCAGUGUCAGAAGUGUCAAGUGUCCAAGACACGGCAAACAAGUUUAGUAUCAACUCGAGACACUUCUGUUAAAAUGCUGUAAAAAUGACACUAUUUAUAGACGAUUUAACAUCGUUAGAUGUGUGCAUCUGAUAACACCAUUAUUCAAAUGACAAUAUUUUAGACAAUUUCACAACAUCGAAAGAUGUGUGUAUUAAUCCAAAUGUGAUACUGCUGACGUCUGUUGAUGAAGCUGUAAUUGCAAGCUAAUUACAAAGUCGAAGUGACCGUUUGAAAAAGAAUUUGAAAAGUGCUUUUAAUUUGUUAAUGAAUUUGAAAUAAUUAGUCUAAUAGUGUGGCUGGCAAUCCAACAAAACUAAACAAAAAUACACCAGCACGGCAUGUUCAUGAACUCAAAGAUCCGGUCUGCCUACACUUCGACUUUGUCUUUAGCAGCAAUAAAAUCUUGACUUGUUUAUAUCUUUUUUUUUUUUUUUGCUUAGUAUUAUUAACUGAGAAUUACAAAUUUUAACAUUAGAAUUCUUUAUGUACUCUGUGACGGUCUCAAAGAUAAAUAUGUUUCUAAAAAAGGAUUUUUUAAAAGUCCCUUUUUAGAUUUAAUGUUUUUAACUGCAAAAAUGUAAAAAUAUAUGAAAAUAAACUUGGUGUAUUUCAGUUUCAAAAGUUUAAUGUCAGUAAGAUGCAAUUGUUUUUUGUUUUUUUUUUAUCGUUGGUAGUUUUUCGUAUUGUUUAAAAAACAUUUUGUUUGUUAACCUUUGUUUAUAUUAAUGUCUUAUUUCAUGAGUCUGUCAGAGGUUCGCACUCUUUCAGCCAUGAAUCAAACAUCAAUCGAGCUGUGAACCUGUACGAAUACUUUAUUUAUAUUUUGAAUGAUCUACUUUGACCUUGACCCCUUGUUUGUUGAUUCGCCGCCUUUGUUAUGUAGAAAUGUGAAAUGUAUGAUAUAGCUAUUUCAAAGUCGCCACAUCAGUCUAAUGUAGUAGUCAUUUUGAGUGUGAUCUAACCUCCUGUCAUGUAUACUUGCCUUUCAUAUGAGUAUGGACAAAACUAUUACAAGAAAUGUUUUAAUUUAUUUUGUCAUAAUAGAGAAUUUAAUUUGUCAUAGACAACCCAUCCUGGAGCUUAAAGUAGAUUAAUCCCUUUUUUGCUUUAUAAGAAUUGCUAUCUUUAUCAGUAUUAUUGUAAUUUUAGUCUGCUGAGCGAACUUUUUUUUUUCAUUUACCAAGAGUUGUGUGCCUUGCUGUUGCACUUCAAAUGUUAUGAAACUUUAUUUGUAAUGAUAGUCUCCCCUUUUUUCAGUUGUGCUUCCGUCCUAUCCAGAAAUAAAAAACACUGUGAUUGUACGGUCCAA